AUGAAGUACAUUAAUGUUGCGGCCCUUACGGUGGGUCUGGCCGGCGCCGCGCCAGCCAAGCAACCCUCCGCCUUCGAGGGCUUGGUUUCAAAGACAGCUGAGGAAGUCUCCGGCUUCGAGGUCCAAGUCCUUGGCGGUAUGACCCUCCGAGCGCCCCAGGUCUACAACACAAACUUCAUACAGAUGAAGCGUGGGCCUAGGGCUUAUGUCCAGUCCCUUAGGAAGUACUCUGCCUUUGGGGCCACCAUACCUCCAAACCUGCUGCAGAUCAUCGACGAGAUCUUGGGAGAGCUCGGCCUGGGAGACCUGCUGGGAGACGGAAUUGGGGCUGGCGCGGGAGAGGUUGCCGCGGUUCCUCAGAUGUUCGACAGCGAGUACUUGGCGGCGGUGCAGAUCGGAACUCCACCGCAGGAUGUCACACUCAACUUUGAUACCGGGUCCUCGGAUCUAUGGGUCUUUAGCAGUGACACGCCGGCGACGCAGGUCAAUGGUCAGAAAAUCUAUACACCUGGCCAAAGCUCGACUUCGAAGGCUCUCAAUGGCGCGAGUUGGACGAUUACCUAUGGAGAUGGGAGCGGCGCAUCCGGCAUAGUAUAUACUGAUGUCGUGACUGUGGGCGGCGUCAGCGUUCCUAACCAGGCCGUGGAGGCUGCGACGAAGGUGGCUGGCAGCUUCAGCCAGGACGCUGCCUCGUCGGGGCUGCUAGGGCUCGCGAUGGACUCGAUCAACACGGUUAAGCCCCAGGCCCAGAAGACCUUCUUCUCAAACGCGAUGGCAGGCCUUGCAAUGCCACUCUUCACGGCAAACCUGAAGCAGGGAGAACCGGGUAACUACAACUUCGGAUUUGUCGACCAGACCGAGUUCACCGGGAACAUCAACUUCGUGCCCGUGAACGCCUCUCAGGGCUUCUGGGCCUUCCAGAGCGAGGGCUUCUCGGUGGGCAACGGGCAGGCGCAGAACUUCCCGCACCAGGCCAUCGCCGACACGGGCACGACGCUGAUGCUGGUGGCGGACGAGAUGGCCGAGGCGUACUACGCGCAGGUGCCGUCGGCGCAGAACAACGCCCAGGUCGGCGGGUUCGUGUUCGACUGCAGCGAGGAGCUGCCCUCGCUCACGGCCAACAUCGGCGGGUACCAGGCCGUGAUCCCGGGCAGCAUCAUCAAGUUCGCGCCCGCGGACACGGACUCGUUCGACACGGCGAAAACGUGCUUCGGGGGCAUCCAGGGCAACACCGGCCUCCCGUUUGCGAUUUACGGUGAUAUUUUCCUCAAGGCUGCGUUUACGGUGUUUGACGGCGGCAACAUGCGGAUCGGGUUUGCUGCAAAGUCGGGGCAGUGA